CACACACACACACACACACACACACACACACGCGAGAGCAGCAGAUAUGCACUGUGUUCCAGGAGAGAUAGAGAUCAGGUUAUCCGUGCUCUUGAAGAUGAAAGCAUCUUGAGAAUGGCCUGCACGCCUUUGGAGUAGAAGUCAGCAACCGUUGCGCAUCUUUGGAAGGGAUUUUCACCACCUUUUUUUCUGGAUUGGUGACAAAAACAUCCGAUAAGAGGAGGAGGAGAGAGAGGCAUGUCGGAAAAACACGGCCUCGACGACUCCACCCGUCAGACGAUGCAACCCCCUCCGUACAUCCCGGGCCCGCAGGACCCUAACGUACCACAGCACCCUAACAUGCCACCCGGCGCCCAGCCCAGCUAUCCCCCGCCGCCUCCGCCUCCGGGCUCAGAGGGAUACCUCCAAGAGACUCAGUUCCACUGUAACACAAUGGGACCCCCGGGGGCCCCACAAGGCUACACAGUCCAGACUCAGGGCCCCGGAGGAACAAUGCCUCAUCCUCCAGUGGGAUAUCUCCAUCCUGGGUACCCUCUGCAGCUGCAGCCGUGCACUGCUUACGUUCCUGUCUACCCCAUGGCCUCAGGUCAGCCCUACAUGCCUGCGACAGGAGGCCACCCGGCAAUGCCACCGGGUCAGAUUCACCCCAUGCAAAUGCCGCCCAACAUCACCUUAAUGGACCGCCGGCCGCCGCACGACUACCUGCCCAUCGCCGUGCUCACCACGGUGUGCUGCUUCUGGCCCACUGGCAUCAUCGCCAUCAUCAAAGCGGUACAGGUGCGUACAGCCAUUGCCAGAGGGGACAUGGUGACGGCGGAGAUCGCCUCGCGCGAGGCCCGCAACUUCUCCUUCAUCAGCCUGGCCGUCGGCAUCGCCUCCAUUGUGCUGUGUACCAUUCUCACCGUGGUGGUCAUCAUUGCCUCGCAGCAUCACGACGACGACUGGGAGCCGUAAUGAGGCCUGGGGGAAAGGGGAGGGGAGGUGGGGGGUGGCGUGAAACAUCGGCUUAGAUAAUUACAUGGAAACAGGAGCACUGAUAAUAUGCACUGCUACCGCUUGCAGGCACACUAGUCCGGUCUCUCUCACACACACACACACACACACACACUCACACACACUCACACACACACAUAUGCGACGAAACAUGCUGCUAGCAAACAUUCUCAUUGACAGCCAAGACAAGCAACUCCGCCGGAUGUCCGAAUGCCAAAUACAAAAUGUUAUCCAGCUAUUACUUAGUGCAAUUAUUUUGUGUCAUGGAAGCAGCGACGCAAAGAUCGAGUCACGAAUACGUACAAGUAUUAAACCAAGUAGAGCGUCUAUAUUUACCGUAUAUGAUUGUUCUGGGGGGUUGGGUAACCGUGCCAUGUUGAAACGGUGUGCUGCUAUUGUUUUAUUGAUAAUGCACUUGUGUAAGAGACUAAAAUUCAACUGUCGAGGGGGAAGGGAUCAAUACACAAUUUAACACACCAAAUGUAGGCUAGUUGACGAAGCGGCAACAUGGCCGAACAAGACUAUUUAUUUGGGGGGGUGAUUUGUAUUAGCUAUCAAAACCUACAGUAUAUAAUAGACGUCAGUUUGUGGAUUUCUUUAAAAAAAACAAAAAAAAGAUAUU